AUGGAGCUCUCCCGACGCUACCUCGCUCUCGCCGCACCCCGCGCCUCCGCCGUCGAGCUUUCCUGCCUCCAGGUGAGCGCUCCGCGACUCCAAGACUCCUCCUUUCGCCUCCCGUUUCUCGGUAGGAACAGCCUUCUUCCGAACCACCCUGCAGGCCGCUGGUUUUCGGCGGCCGCCGCUGGUUCAGAUGGCAUUGAAGCAGAGCUGGCGUCCCUUGACCUCUCAUUCAACGGGGAGACAAUGGGUUUGGUGCUUCGUGAUCUCAAAAGCGCUGGUUCCGUGUCGGAGGACGGCAAUAUUCGGAUGGAUUCAAAAGGCUUAAAUCGGAUGCUCGAAACGCUUGGAACCAACGGGCGGCCUGGGGAAUUCUGGCGUGUGGUCGAGAUCAUGAGAAAGAAAGCGUUUGGUAUCACUAAAGACACAUACUUAGCCGUCUCCAAGAGCUUUGAGGAGGAGAGGAGGGUAAAAAACGCUGAUUUGUUGCGUAAAACAUACUCUUUGAACUGUGAACUCAGCAAGAUUCUUCAGGAAAUUGAAUCAGGGAAAGCUCUUCCAUUUUUAGAGUGGGUUGAGAAGACGACACCCUCCAAGCUGAAUGGUAGAGUUUAUAAUGCUAUGGCCAGAAUUUUGGCUAAAAAAAAUCGCAGAGAGUUUCAGGAUCUUCUCUGUAAUAUGAGAGAUGAGGGUCAUGAAUUGGAGAAGAAAACAUACAUUGAGAUCUCACAACGUUUUUACCGCAGGAAGAUGAUUGCAGAAUCUGUGGGUUUGUAUGAGUUUGCAAUGGAAGGCUCAGAGAAACCUUCACAGAAGGAUUUCUUGUUUCUCUUUAAAAAAAGUUUUGUAGCUGCUGGGAAUUCUAUUAAGAUAUCAGUUUUUGAUGGGGUUAUUAAAUCGGUAAUCACGGGGAUUUCAAAUGCUGGAAGAUUAGAUGAAGCCCGCCAGUAUCUGAUCAACACUGAAAAUGAAGAUGACGCGAAAGCAUGGCCAUAUUUAGUUCGAAAGUACUUGAUAGCUGGCCAACUAGAACAAGCAUUGGCCUUGUUUAAGAUGCUGAUAGAAAAAAGGAUGGAAAGAUCAAAUGAAGCGCAAACGUUGCUCAAAGAGAUGGUAACUGAGAGAAAUAUAAGAUUUCAGCAUAUCACAUACAGGCGACUGAUUCAAAAGCUGGUCGAUCAAGGACACCUUCGAGUAGCUUGUAGCAUUAUGGAACUGAUGAAAGGUCAUGGGUUUCCUCCUUGCAUCGACCCAUUCAUCAAGCAUAUGUCCAAGUCAGGAACUGUGAAUGAUGCUAUGAAGUUUCUGAAGGCCAAUGAUAGUGAAGGAAUUCCCUUCUAA